AUGAAGAUCCUGUGCCUCCUCCCGCUGCUCCUCCUGGCUCUUUGCGACGGGAGCAGAGAUCGUGACUGGGCGCACCACGGUUCGCCCAUGUUCGCUGACCUGUCUGUUCGGGAGCUAAAAGCCGUACGCUCUUACCUCCACAACAUCCCAGAACUCGGCCUGACCAGUGCCCAGAAUCCCAGCCUGAAGAAGAACAGCAUCCUCCUCAUGGAACUCCACCUGCCCAGGAAGCAUGAAGCGCUCCGAGCUCUGGACCGUGGACAUGCCAGACCCCCUCGCCAGGCCCGCGUCGUGGUCCAGUUUGGAAACCAGACGAAACCCAAUAUCACUGAAUACAUCGUCGGGCCCCUUCCCUCUCCAAACUCCCACCACAUCAAAACCUUUAAAGGAAAUAGACCGGUCCGCUUCGAGUCCAGGCCAAUCACUAGGGCCGAAUAUGCACACGUUGAAGAUCUUUUGAUAAAAAUUUCUACCAAAGCUCAUAAACUUUUAGAAGAGCUAACAGGAGGGUUCUCUUACAUCAACUGCACCGAUCGCUGUUUGACAUUUUCUGAUAUAGCCCCACGUGGACUGGAGCCAGGAGAGAGAAGAUCUUGGAUAAUGCUACAGAAGUUUGUGGAGGGUUACUUCAUCCACCCAAUUGGAUUUGAGGUUCUGAUCAACCACCAAGACCUAGAUCCAGAAAAGUGGACUGUAGAAAAGGUCUGGUUCAAUAGCAUGUACUUUGACAGUGUUGAAGAACUUGUUGAAAGAUAUGAACAAGGAGUACUGGAGAUUCCAACGCUACCAGAUCAGGACGAUAUAUAUUCAACAUAUAUUCCACGUGGACACAGCAACACCCCAACGGACAUCCAUGGAGCAAAACUUGUAGAACCGCAAGGCCGCCGCUACCACCUUGACAGAAACUUCGUCGAGUACGCCGGGUGGUCAUUUUCUUACCGCGUACGAGCAUCCGCAGGUCUUCAAGUCUUUGAUUUACGUUUUAACGGAGAAAGAAUUGCAUACGAGAUUAGCCUCCAAGAAGCUAUCGCAUUCUAUGCCGGAGAUACCCCAGCCGCAAUGCAAACCAAGUACAUUGACGCUGGUUGGGCGAUGGGUACCUCCUCGUUCGAGCUUGCACCUGGGAUCGACUGUCCCGAAAUCGCCACGUUUGUUGACCUCUACCACUUCUACGACACAGAUAAGCCGGUACGCCACAAGAACGCACUCUGUAUCUUUGAGAUGACCACAGGGAUGCCGCUCAGAAGGCAUUUCAAUUCGAACUUCAGUGGAGGGUACAACUUCUUCGCCGGGCUGGAGAACACAGUGCUGGUGUUGAGGACAACGUCUACAGUCUAUAACUACGACUACAUCUGGGACUUCCUCUUCUACCAGAAUGGGGUUGUGGAGGUCAGGGUCAGUGCCACGGGAUAUAUUCAUGCAACGUUCUUCACUCCAAACGGUCUCAACUAUGGCACCAAAGUGUUCCACUAUGUCCUGGGGAACCUGCACACCCACCUCAUCCAUUAUAAAGUGGAUCUGGAUAUCGCAGGUCGAGAAAACAGCUUUGAAACAAUUGACCUCAAAUACACCAACUUCACCAACCCCUGGAGCCCUAGACAUUUCAUUGUCCAGUCCAAGCUCCACCGCACAGAGCACAAGACGGAGAAGUCUGCUGCCUUCCGCUUCGGCAAAAAGUUCCCUCGCUACACGCAUUUUUACAACCCCGUCCAGAAGAACAAGUGGGGCCAUCACAAAGGUUACCGCAUCCAGUUCAACUCCCACGCCCACAGCGUCCUGCCCCGAGGCUGGAGGGAGGAGAACGGCAUCAGCUGGGCAAGAUAUCCUCUGGCAGUGACUCGGCACAAGGACAGUGAGAGCAGCAGCAGCAGCAUCUACACUCAGAAUGACCCCUGGGAGCCUGUCGUGUCCUUUGAAGACUACAUCCGCAACGACGAGGACCUGGUCAAACAGGACCUGGUUGCCUGGGUGACGGUGGGCUUCCUCCAUGUGCCUCACUCAGAGGACAUUCCAAACACGGCCACUCCGGGGAAUGCCGUGGGCUUCUUCCUGAGGCCCUUUAACUUCUUUGACGAGGAUCCGUCCCUGUCAUCGCGCAGCACUGUGAUCGUCCGGCCUGGGCCUGACGGAGCGCCUCAGGUGCAGAGGUGGACCCCCACCACAGUCGGCCACUGUGUUUCUGAUAAACCUUUCUUCUACAAUGGAACUUAUGUUGAAGUGUAA